AAAUUUUGGGAGAGGUUGCAAGCAAUCAGAGAGGCAAAUAGAGAGCUGGGGUUAGGAAGCAGUAGGCAGUUCUCUCUAGUAAAGCUUAGAGAGCAAUGCUCAGUCCACUAACAAUUCCACACUUAAACCAUCAGGAAGAGGAAGGAUUGUUAUGCAGUUGCCUCUCCUGGGAUGUUAGAAGUGCACUCCACUUCUCACAGGUAUGUCUGCAACAAGGACUUUUCAAAGGACUAAAGUUUAGCACUGCUUUUUAACUGUAAGGGCUACAUAUGGACACUGCAAUCUCCAUCUCUUUGGUUGUGUUGUGCACUUUGGAGCAAGGAUCAAGGAUUAUUUUUCAGUGAGCUGGACUUAUUCAUUUUGGGUGAAAAGAUUCUUGCUUUCCAUGUAAAUCUUGUGAAGAUGCAGCCUGUUCUCAUGUCUUGGUGGGUGUGGAUGUUGCUGGGCAUUGUUGGGGUACAGUCACAGGCUCAGCCACAGGCUCCUAGUCAGGGGCAAGAUCCUUCUACAAAUCCCUGGAGGCAAGUGAUCCAGUGGGAGAACAAUGGACGGGUGUUUAGCCUACUCAACAGUGGAGCUGAGUACAUCCCUGCUCGGGGACAGGAGCGCGACAGAAAUCACAGAGUAGUUUUAGCUGACAGCCCUAACAGAAGGUCCAGACCAAAUGGAGGAAAUGUGCGCAGACAAGCACCUUCCAGAGGUAACUCAGAAACCAUCAGGGGCCAGGCCAGACACCCCUUUGGAUUUGGACAAUUGCCAGACAACUGGCGCCAAGGUUCUGCUGGUACUGGAACAGGUGAAUCAAGUCGGUUUCAGUCAUCCUCAAGCACGCGUUACAGACCUUCUUCUGGGUCUUCUUCCUCCUCCUCAUCCUCUUCAUCUUCUUCCUUCAGUGUGCCAUCUUACUCACAGUAUACUUUCCAACAGCAGACUCCCUAUUAUGCCCCAUAUGAACCUUUUGAACCACCAUUCCAAGGAACUGGGUAUUCAGCAGACCCUAGUGGAGGUUUCACAGGAGUAAGAUAUGGUGGUGCUGCUGCUGCUGCUGGUGGUGGAGGUGGCGCUAGCUAUUCUAUUGGAAGUUAUGGUGGUGGUGUAUUUACAGGAGCAGGACUAGCACCUGUGGCUCCAGGAGCAGGAUUAGCACCUGUUGCUCCAAGGACAGAAGUUAGGGAUGACACUUACCGCUACUAUCAACAAUAUGGGCCACCAUUUCCUGCUGCUCCUGCACAACCUGCACAACCUCCAUUCUCAGAUGGUUUGGACCGCCGGUACACACACAGCUUGUACAAUGAUGAAACAGCAGGUCUUCCUGAUACAAGUAAUGGUGCAGAAUCAAUUUCAACUGGUGUAGGCCAACCUGCCCUGCAAAGCCCCCAGUACGAGCAGUUUCCACCAUUUGGAAGGCCACAACCUAUGCCUCCGUUCAUUCAGCAACCUGCACGUAACCCUCUCAACUCCAACUUUGCAGAGAAUCCUGCCACCAAUGUAGGAAGUGUCUUCCGACCUCAGCAAAGAGGUUUGCCUGACCUUGUGCCUGACCCUAACUACAUCCAAGCCUCUACAUACAUCCAACGAUCCCACAUGUACUCCCUUCGCUGUGCCGCUGAAGAAAAAUGCCUCUCAAGUACAGCCUACAGCUCUGACAUCACAGACUAUGAUGUCAGGGUCUUGCUACGCUUCCCUCAGCGGGUUAAGAACCAGGGAACGGCUGAUUUCAUGCCCAACCGACCGCGGCAUACCUGGGAGUGGCACAGCUGUCACCAACAUUACCACAGCAUGGACGAAUUCAGUCACUAUGACCUACUGGAGGUGAGCACAGGAAGGAAAGUAGCAGAAGGACACAAGGCCAGUUUCUGUUUGGAGGACACCACGUGUGAUUUCGGCCAUCUUAAACGCUACGCCUGCACAUCCCAUACGCAGGGUCUCAGUCCAGGUUGCUAUGACACAUAUAAUGCAGAUAUUGACUGCCAGUGGAUUGAUAUCACAGAUAUCAAGCCAGGAAACUACAUACUGAAGGUUCAGGUUAACCCAAAAUACUUUGUGCUUGAGUCGGACUUCACCAAUAACAUUGUCAGGUGUAACAUCCACUACACAGGACGUCUUGUCCGAACAACGAACUGCAAGAUCUCCCAGUCCUGAUCGCCAGAUUCAUCGAGUCAGGCGAUGAUAUCCUGGGAGUGAAGCUGUUCUGUUGAAAUGUGAAUGAAAUAAUAAUUGUUAUUUUUGCCCAUAUUGUUGUUUUUGUGUUGUUCUGGUCCCAUAAGUUAAUUGGAAGCUGGGGUUCAGUGUGUACUACUUAUAUACUCAAGACACAUACUGACACCCUGAUUACACCACACAGUGGAGUACCAAAAAGGGGCUAUUUUACUUUUUUACCAUAUUAAAAACAUACUCUUUUUAACCUAGUAAUCUUACACCAGAACACACCAGCAUCCUUAAAGCCAGGCAGACAUUGUACGCUUUGAGUUAUUCAGAAUCGGGCCAAAUUCCAGUCUUGUUAGAGUCUGAAUCUAUGCAAGAACAUAGGAUGUGCAUUCCUAGCUACAAAAACAAUAAAUCAUUUGUCUGCAAAGAACAUUUCAACAGCUCGAAACAAUGUCAGUCUGGCUUUAGAUGUAAGAAUAGUUUUUAGUCCAACAGAAACACUGGUUUAUUUGCACCAUUCGUUUCUAAGAAUGGUUAUAUUUAGCUAAACCAUUUGAUUAGAUUAAAAACAUUAGAUCAAA